CCACUCAACUCAUCUUCCCUUCGAAGCUUGUUUUCUCUCUCUUUAUUAAAAACUCUUUUUUGAUUCAAGAAACUGUUCUUGCAUGCAUUCUUCGCCAAUUUCAUUCUAACCCAUCACCCACCCUAGCACCUUCUUUUAUUUUCUUUCCUUUCAUCUAUUUAUGAGAGAUAGUACUAUCAGCAUGGUGGGGCUGGAAUAGCUCUGUCUAUCGCUCUCACACACACACACAAAGAUACACAGUGCAACGCCUUCGGCUGUGACUGGAGAGAGGUGAUUUCAGUUUCGGGGUUCCGCUUCUUUCUUUGUUUUUUUGUUCGGUCAUUUGUUUGUUUGUUUCGGCAGAAAACUCGUUUCUGAAACUGUCCUUGUUUUUCUGAUCUGGUCGAAGCGUAGCGACACACAAAACCCAUGGCCGGUGCCACAAAUUGGCUUACGUUUUCGUUGACUCCCGUGGAAAUGCUCAGAUCCCCGGACUCUUCCUCUCACUGCAUGCUCGAUAACUUUUAUGCCACCAAUGGGUGGACAAAUUCCAAUGAAUUAAUGGAUUCUGAGAGUGAAAACCAGCCACUGCUGGUGCCGAAAGCGGAAGAUUUUUUUGAGAACCAAACUGAGACGCAGCAAGACGAUUCUUCGCUGACCCAAAUUUAUGACCAUGGCUCUGCCUCUGUUUACUUCGGCGACCAGCAAGAUCUGAACGCGAUUCCAGGGUUUCAAGCAUUCUCGGGUACCAACUCGAGCUCUGAGUUGGAUGACUCGGCCUCAGACAAGACCACUCUGGUUGCACCAGCUGAGUUAGGUGCCCACUCAGGAGAGUCUGGCAAAGGAGCUUUGUCUUUAUGUGAUGCUGUUGGACAUGACAAAGCCAUCACUGCGGUGGAGCUUGCUACACCUAAGAAGGUUUCUCAUACUAUUGGCCAGAGAACUUCCAUAUACAGAGGGGUCACAAGACACCGAUGGACGGGUAGAUAUGAAGCGCAUCUAUGGGAUAACAGCUGUAGACGAGAGGGUCAGGCCAGGAAGGGGCGUCAAGUGUACUUGGGUGGAUAUGACAAGGAGGAAAAGGCUGCUAGAGCGUAUGAUUUAGCAGCUAUCAAGUACUGGGGACCAACAGCAACCACCAACUUUCCUAUUUCCAAUUAUACAAAGGAAUUGGAGGAGAUGAAACAUUCAGGAAAGCAAGAAUUCAUUGCAUCACUGCGAAGGAAAAGUAGUGGGUUUUCAAGGGGAGCUUCCGCAUACAGGGGGGUUACGAGGCAUCAUCAACAGGGUAGAUGGCAAGCAAGAAUCGGCCGAGUUGCGGGAAACAAGGAUCUAUAUCUGGGAACAUUUGCGACUGAAGAGGAAGCAGCUGAGGCAUAUGAUAUUGCAGCCAUAAAGUUCAGAGGUGCAAGCGCUGUAACAAAUUUUGAGAUGAGCAGAUAUGAUGUGGAGAAUAUAUUGAAUAGCUCUCUUCCAGUAGGUGGGGUAGCAAAACGAUUGAAGCUUUCGUCCUCCCCAGAAUCGGAGAAGAAAGCUAUUGUUACUAAUGAACAACAACCUGAGGGCACAAACGAAACUAGCACCAUCAAUUUCUCUGCCAUUCAGCCAGUUGCAUCUAUACCUUAUGAUUCUGCGAACGCGUACCCACAAAACCUUUUCCACCAGUUUCAUCAUUCCAACAGUGGAAGUAGUAGCUCAGUACAAGAGUCUGAUGCAAUUGUGACCAAUGCAACUGCACUGACCAUCCUUCCACCACCACCUGCUGUUCCUGGGUUCUUUUUAUGGCCUCCUCAGUCCUUUUGAGUUGCUGAAAUGAUGAACUACCUUCCAAAGAUGGUCCUUUUGCUGAGAAGAAUGAAAAAUUACCAAAUCCACUCUAGGGAGUGGAUUGUGUAAGCAGCGUCUCUCAACUCAGAUGAGGAAUAUUGAGUUGGGCAUUUUCAAGCUUUCAACAAAGCUUUCUAAUUGCUUGAUAACUUGCAGCAGCAUAAUAAAUACUUUAUUUUUUCUUCAAUCAACUUCAUUCAGAUUUUCUGCAUUUCUUGUACGAACUAAAUACUCAUGCAACUGUGAAGUUUGUGGAGCGUUAUUAUAUUUCCAACUAUUCUGCUUA